AAUUUUUAGCCAUCCAUUUUUGUGGAUUUUUGAUUUUGCAACCCUGCGUGGCCUAUCAAUGUGGAACAAUUUGUGAAUUCAGGAAGGCACAACCUGGAUACCUGCAUAUUAUUGAGAUUUUAGUCCAGCUUUCUGGGCUAUCGAUGAAGAUUUUUUCAGUCCAAGUGCUUCAUAAAGGCCCUGAUGGCAAAGCAAAAGCUCUCAAAUCUGCUCAUGAUUUGAGCAGUUUCAGUUUCUUCCAGCGAAGUUCCGUUCAGGAAUUCAUGAUUUUUACGGGGAAGUUACUGGUUGAACGUUCUGCCUUGUCAAGUCGAUGUUCUGUGAAAGAAAAUGAAUAUUUUUGUCAUAUAUUCGUACGACAAGAUGGAUUGUCAGGCAUUUGCAUAACGGAUGCAGAAUAUCAGCAGCGUGUCGCAUUCACAAUGUUACGUCGAAUCUUGGAUGAUUUUGCUGUCAAAGUGCCAUCGAUCCAAUGGGCACAAAUAAAAACUGAAAAAGACUGCACCUAUGCAGGUUUAUCGGAGCUACUGAUGAAAUGGCAGAAUCCUCGUGAAGCAGAUGCGAUGACUCGAGUUCAGGAAGAAGUGGAAGAGACGAAAGUAGUAUUGCAUAAUACAAUACAGUCAGUGUUGGAACGUGGUGAGAAGCUUGAUGACUUGAUCGCUGCUAGUGAAGGCUUGUCCAAUCAGAGUAAAUUAUUUUAUACCCAGGCAAGAAAGAUGAAUAAAUGUUGUAGCUGGGCCUGAAUGCUUUCACUGCUUAUAUUCCAUAUAUUUCUUGUUUUUGUUUUUGUAAGAUGAUUCGCCCUCUAUCGUAUAGUCCUCUUUCUACCAUAUCCAUCAAUUUCCUGCUCGUCUUUUGAUACUGAG